UCAAAAAAUACUGAUUUCCAAAAAGUUUCUUAUUCCGUAUAAUUUGCUAAGACGGUUGUAGACUUCCCCGGCCAACGGCCAUGGACCAGUUGGAGCAACCGGAGUGCCCAGUUUGUCUGCAGCCAUACGCUGCCGAUUCCGUCGUCCCGCUUGUCCUUCCUUGUGGCCACUCCACCUGCGAAGCCUGUCUCAAGCAGCUCCCCAACCGCUUCCCUCACACUCUCCGCUGCCCAGUCUGUACUCUCCUCUCGAAAUUUUCAAACAGCCCCAUAUCCUUCCCCAAGAACAUCGAUCUUCUUCGCCUUUCAUCCACCCUCCAAGAUCUCCCAUUGAAGCCGAAAAACGUAAUUCCACGAUCACCUCCACCCUGUGACAAUCUCCCACUCCCGUGUCAGUUUAUUAGAAAUUCAUGGUCUUAUGAGUUUUACUCCACAUGGAAAAAAUGGAUCAUCCCAAAAGAUAUUAUUUUAGUUGAAAAAUCAAGUUCCGGAAGUUAUGGUGAAAUAUUUGAUGGAAAAGUUUUGGGGUCCUUCGAGAGUAUUUCAGGUAUGGGUCGUGUUCUGAAAGAGGAAGAAAAGGUGGGUCUUCUUGCAAUUGGGAUUUUUAAGGAUGGAAGUGAGAAAUCCAGGUUUUUAAGGUAUAGUUAUGAGUCAAGAAUUAUGAGUGUUUUGUAUGGAAUGGGAGAAAAAGAGAGAAAUGAAAUGACUUCGAUCUUGAACUUGAGUUUGAGGCUUUGUAGAGCAGGAAAUAUUUAUGGUUUUUGGUACAAUGAUAAUGAUAGUUGUGUUUAUAUGGUCUGCGAGAAUUUUAAUUCAACUGGUUUGUUAAAAUUCUUUGAUAAUGAAGAGGAGGGGAGGUUGAGUAGCGAUAAAAUAAGUGGUUUUGGGAUAGUCAGUACGGAGAUGUGUGAAAUUUUUAGUAGUUUGAUUUCGGAAGGGCUGGUUAUCGGUUGCUUGGAUGUCAAUUGUUUUGUCUUUAAUGACUUUGGUCGUGUUUAUGUUGAUUUGGGUAAGGUUUUGAGUAUGGGAAGGAGAGUGAAUAAGGCAAUGCGAAGAGGACACAAGGAUUCGGAAGUUAGUAUGAAGACCGAGUUACUGGAAAAUCUUGUGUUCAUUAGUCCGGAGAUGUUACUGAAGUUAUUCGGUAAGGAAUUGUUUGAGUUGGAUUGUGGGAAAUCGAUAUAUGAAGUUGGGCCUGGUUCGGAUGUUUGGUCGUUAGCCUGUUUACUCGUUUCUCUUAUUAUUGGCAGCUCUUUUAUUGAAGAAAUGGCAAUUUACGUGGAUUCCAUUGUAAAUGCUGGAAAUGAUGGAAAGGUAUAUUCUUAUGUUAGUUUAUGUGAAGAUUGGAUGGAGAAUGUUGAAACUUCGUUAGGACAUAGAUUGGGCUUAGAAUAUGUAUCUCAAAAGGACUUACUAUGCAGGUGUCUGGAAUUUGAUAUUAGUAAUCGCCCACCUGUUUCUGAACUAUGGAAAUGUCUGAGGGAGUUGGUUAUUAAACCAAGGUUCGAUUUUUGGGUCAGUUUGAAACAUGAAGUAAAGAAAGAAAAAACAGGUCAUUGUAUAGUACUAGGGGAACUCUGUCAGAUAGCAGAGGAAACUAACAAAGAAGAGAUAGAUGGGUUGCAGCAAAAAUACGAAAUCGGUAGAGCUAAUGUGAGCAGAGAUGUUGUCGAGGGCCUUUCUGGGGGCCAUAUCAAAUGUAUUGAUAUGAAGGGUCAUCUUGAUUGUAUUACGGGGCUAGCUAUUGGAGGGGGUUUCCUUUUUAGCUCUUCAUUUGAUAAGAGGGUCCAUGUAUGGUCUUUGCAGGAUUUUACACAUGUACAUACAUUUAAAGGUCAUGAGCAUAAAGUCAUGGCUCUAGUUUUUAUGGACGGAGGACAACCAUUGUGCAUUAGUGGUGAUAAUGAAGGUGUUAUAUGCAUCUGGGAUGCCAGUUUUCCCUUUAAUGAAGAACCAAUAAAGAAGUUGCACGAGCAAAAGGAUUGGCGCUAUAGUGGUAUUCAUGCCCUUGCUGUUUCCAGAACUGAAUAUCUCUACACCGGGAGUGGAGACAAACUGAUAAAAGCAUGGUCUCUGCAGGAUCAUACCCUGUCAUGUGCUAUGAGCGGUCACAAGUCGGUUGUAUCAUCGCUAAUAGUUUGCAAUGGCAUUCUUUAUAGUGGAAGCUGGGAUGGGACUGUCCGCUUAUGGUCUCUUAGUGAUCACAGUCCUUUGGCGGUCUUGGGGGAGGACACACAGAAAAAUGUGACUUCUGUUUUGGCUCUUGCUGCCGACAAUAAUUUGCUGCUUGUGGCGCAUGAUGAUGGCUGCAUAAAGAUGUGGCACGAUGACCUGCUCGUGAAAUCAUUGCAAACUCACAAUGGUGCCGUGUUUGCCGUUAGCAAGAAGGGGAGAUGGCUUUUUACUGGUGGCUGGGACAGGACUAUUAAUGUGCAGGAAAUAUCUGACGUCAGGGAUCAAAUCGAUACCGUGCCUGUUGGUUCCAUUGCUUGUGAUUCUGUCAUAACAGGGGUGAUAUACUGGCAAGAGAAACUGUUUGUGGGACAAUCAGAUAGAGUAAUUAAGGUGUACUAUGGAGUAUAAGCAAAUGAAAUGUUGAACCUGGACUUGUUGGGAGGACUUCUGGUAUUAGAGGUGAUUUAAGCCAAAUGUCGUUACUGUAAAUAAUAUAAAGAAAACUUACAGAACAAUUUUUGAAUCCAUUGUAAAGAUCAGAAUGAAAUCUGUGUAUGUUUAACACUUGCUAAUCUUGUUUUCAUCAUAGUUCCAUUGGGAAUUAGGAUAGACAGUUAAUAAUGUCUUAAUUUAGAUUUAGAUGAAGUUAUUACCUUUUCUC